AUGUUCUCAAAGUUUGACUCUAAACGGGGUAAUGCUUUGGAUAUGAAGGGCGGCCCUGGCCUUGGAACGCCCGCAGAAUCGAAUAACGGCUCCGCCUCUGAACCGAGAAGUCCUCUUGAGUCAGGGACAGAUGGCCCUGAGACCGGGCCGCUGACGGGAAGCAAAACAGCCGGAACACGAAGCAAAUCGAAAUUUGGUUGUCUUACUUGUAAAGUAAGAAAGAAGAAAUGUGAAGGUACCAAGCCGGUUUGUCGAGACUGUCAGCGGUUUAAUAAGGAAUGUGUUUGGAUAGAUUACGAUACAAUGAAGGUGGAAGAAAUACGACGUCUCCGGCUUAAAGUGAAGGAACAAGAAAGUUGCAAUAAAGUUCGUAUCAGGAGGCCGGCUUCUAAGCGUUCGCUGUCGUCUGUAACAAAACCAGCCCAUGGCAAAGGUCCUAGCAAGGAGUCAUCCCUGCCACCGGCCCAUGCCCAGCUAGACCCCGAACACUUUAAACCAGAAAUCGAUGCACACAACAAGCUAUCUGAUUUUAAUACAUCUACCGCAUCCUUGGACUAUGUUCGUGCUCUCCGGGAAGCUUAUCCCGUGAACAGUUUGCCGGGCAUGAAUUUUAGCACGGAUAACGAACUCAAAAAUUUAGGUGAUAUCCACCACAACGCAGUCGUUAAGAAUAAACACUCGUUUAACAUGAGGACCCCUUCGGCCGCUCACUCCCCAAGGGCUUUAUCUCCUACGCUCAUGGAGCUUGAGGCUCUCGAUGACCAAGGCACCUCUUCCAGCCCAUCGGGUCUUCUCAACUUCCUCAAGGAAGUUUCGGCAUUCUCUGGUGGUUUGAGUAACGGCCAGUCUCCACAUCAGGACGCCCAUGUUCCAACAGACGAAUCUAAGGAUGAGUCUAUGGUCAAGUUCUCACCAAAUUUUAGCAUACCGGGUUUUUUGGAUCAAGUGAAUCAUAUGCCCGCCACCUCCUCCUCCAGCACACAGCUUAACCAGCUUGCCUCAGCAUUUAACGCCGUUUUCAUUCCUCCUCCACAAGCUCCUCCGCCACUUCUACCCGAGCUUGAUGCUUCUGGCCAUUACUUGUAUGAUUAUUAUGUGAACACACUUUCACCGAAAGUCUCGAUCGCGCCAGUCAGUCAGAACGAGUCUAAUUCAUAUCAAAAAGUAUUCUUGCCCUUGGCUCAGAGAGAUAAAGGUGUUUUAUGUGGCAUCCUUGCAUGGGCCGGUUUUCAUUUAGGUGGACAAUGGACUGCGGAAGCGUCCAUGUAUGCUGAAUCGGCAGUGAAGAUCCUUACUCAAGAUAUUGACUUUAGCGGUACUCUUCCAGCUUUCCAUGAGGACCGUCGUUCCAUCCUUAACAAGUUGGCUGUCAUCUUGAUCUUAUGCGGUGCAGAGAUCUGUCGAGGAGAUGUGAAGUAUUGGUCUGUGUAUCUCAACUGGGGAUGGAAACUUCUUAAAGACAAUGGCGGUAUCACGAAAUUCGAUAAUAAUAAGGAGGAACAUUGGCUCAUCACUAAUUUUGCCUAUCACGAUGUUUUAGCCAGUUCCGUGAACGAACGUGGUACGUACUUCCCGCUUGAAACAUACCAGAAGAUCUUCAAAGACCCACAAGGAGUAUCGAGGGGCAACUUGAACCCAUUACUUGGAGUCUCUAAGAUCCUUUACCGAUACAUUGCUGAGAUUAGUUCAUUAUCUUUGGAUUGUAAGAAGGAACUCAACGCAUACUAUAAACGCCAGUCGCCAAAGGUCACUCCUAUUUCCUAUGAGAACGGUGUCUCUACUUCACCUGAUAUGAACAAGCCGUUCGAUGAAACUGCGCUGGAAGUAAGUGAGCACGGCAAGGUUGGUUCCAUACUAUAUUCAAUCACUGCGCGAGCGAAGAAGAUCGAGUAUAAGAUUGACACGGCCAAGCCUGACCCUGAUGACUUGGAGAAUUUGAAUGACCAUGACUUGGAAAUGCAGCUCAUGUGUUUUGAAGCAUAUCAACUCAGUUGCAAGUUGUUCCUUCGGCAAUCUAUCAUGAAGUUGAACCCAUCCGCGAUAGAGUCUCAGAUACUCAUGAACGAUCUAAUGAAAUGCAUAAACCUCCUCGUGGAAACGCCGAUGCAGGCUACAUUAGUGUUUCCAUUAUUCAUUGCUGGAAUUCAUUCUGUUGCCGAUUUCGAUAGAGAGCAUAUGAGAGACAUUCUCAACCAAAUGAUGGAGACAUAUGGCCCAUGGAACGUGCAAAGAAUCAAGUACGUCAUGGAGCAGGUUUGGGACCUCAAUCCCGGUGGUGAUAAGGUGGUUGAUUGGCUUGCUAUCCUUAAAGAGUUGGGAUGGGAGAUCAAUUUUGCCUAG